AUGAGCGUUGAAAUUGGUACUAAAGUUGAAGGUGAAUGUCGCACUCGUCGUUCUCGCCUAAGUCCUGAUAAAUUGAUUGAUUCGCCCGAGGAAGGUGUUAAAACUCUUUAUGAUGUGGUGCAACGCAGUGUUAAAAAAUAUGGUGAUAAUAAAAAUGCUUUAGGUUAUAGAAAAAUCGAAAGGAUUGUUGAAGAAGAAAAGGAAGUCACAAAGAUUGUUGGAGGGGUCGAAAAAAAAGAAUUGAAAACUUGGAAAUAUUUUCAAUUAUCAGGUUAUAAUUGGUUAACUUAUAAUGAUUUGGAUCAAGAAAUUAAAACCAUUGGGGCUGGCCUGGUAAAAUUAGGUUUAAGUGAAGGGUCUAAAAUUGCAAUCUUUGCUGCUACAAGUGCCAAUUGGAUGCUUGUGACUCAUGGUUGUUUCUCACAGAGUAUGACUAUUGUGACUGCAUAUGAUACCCUCGGAGAAGAAGGUCUUCUCCAUUCAAUGAAUGAAGCAGAAGUUAAUGGAAUAUUUACUAACGCAGAUUUACUUCCAAUGGUUAAAAAGGUUGCUGGAAAAUGUUCAACUCUUAAAUUUAUAAUUUAUGAUGGUGAUGCAAAAGGAUCAGUCUUGCAAGAAUUGUCAAAUGCUCAUUCAAACCUUGGAAUUUUUACAUUGGAAGAACUUAAACAAUUAGGCAAAGAUUAUCCAAUAAAUACAAACCCACCAAAAUCACAAGAUAUAUGUUGUAUUAUGUAUACUUCUGGAACUACCGGUAAUCCAAAAGGCGUCAUAUUGACUCAUGCUAAUCUUGUUGCAGCAAGUAAAUGUGCAUUAGAUCGCAUUAAGAAAGCGAAAAAGUCUGCCUUAUCAAAAAAUUGGGUUGAAAAGUUGGAUAAUGAUAAACCAGCUUUUUUUAAAUUGUUGUCCACCAAAAAAUUAUUACCAUUUACCACGAAUUUUUUGGAGGAUUGUAAAGAUUUCAACAUAAAAAAUGAAGACAAAAACACAGUUCCUGAAGAAAAUGUAUUAGGUGAAAUAGGAAAAGGCUAUAAAUAUGCUAUUGAGAUAUUGAAUGAAGGACGUAUUGGAAUAGCAGCUCAAAUGAUAGGACUUGCACAAGGAGCAUAUGAUCAUGCAUUACCUUAUUUAUUCCAAAGGGAACAAUUUGGUCAAUUUAUUGGUGACUUUCAGGGAAUGCAACUGCAAUAUGCACAAAUUGCAACUGAAAUUGAAGCCGCCAGAUUAUUGACAUAUAAUGCAGCUAGAAUUAAACAAGAAGGAAAAAGCUUUAUUAAAGAAGCUGCAAUGGCUAAAUUAUAUUCUUCUCAAAUAGCAGAAAAGGCUGCAUCUAAAUGUAUCGAGUGGAUGGGUGGUGUCGGAUUUACUACAGAAUUUCCAGUCGAGAAGUAUUACAGGGAUGCAAAAAUAGGUGCAAUUUAUGAGGGAACCUCAAACAUUCAAUUAAUUACAAUUGCUAAAGAAAUUAAAAAAAAAUAUGCAUCAUAA